AUGAUCGCAAUUCACAGUCAAUCCUCUAUUAUUCAGGAUAGUAUGUCAUUUUUUGGUCGGCUCAAAAAUUUCUUGCCAGAGAUUUCUCUUAAAGUACAUGUGCCUUCAAAGGAGAAUAUUGCAGAAGGCUUAGUAGUAAUGAUCGAUGGAUACCAAAUGGGAAUGACUGUGGUAGCGCUAGCAGCCGGACUUUCAAGUUCUAAACCAUACCCUCAUCUUAACCCACUUUCAGCUUACUUUUAUACAAAUGCCUAUCGAUGGGCACUUAGACACUUCAGUCUUAUACCACUUUGGAUCGGAGGAAACGGGGGCAAUUACUGCGAUACGCACAAAGUGUGGCGACGUCGUUUCUUCUACAUGGACGAGUUUAUCCCUCCGUGGUUGAGAAAUAUCUUUCCUUUUGUCGAUAAAAAUGAAUGGAAGAAAGAGGAAAUGGAAUUUAAGAGAUUUAAGAAAUACGCCGAAUCGGCAUUCGGUAAACAUUACCGCUACCCCAGUAAGCGUUUCAAUAACUUUAAAUCACAAGAAACUAAAGAGACGAGGGAAAUUAUGGAUUUUUCUUCAGCCUCUACCUAAAAUCUAUAAAAAUGUAUUAUAUUAUGUACAUUAUGCACAUUAUGCGUUACUGUUACUGUGAAUCUAAAAUCUGUAAAUUCAAUUGUUUUACGUAGAAAGUUGAAGAAGAAUGUUUUUCUCUUUAUCUGUUUAAUCAUAUUAUUAUAUGCGCUACGAUUAAAACACCUCACUACUUACUGGUUACUGGUAGUCAAAAAAUUUGUAGUCACUUUAAAAACAGAGAGAUCGGAUUCGGUUCAGGUUUUUUUUAAUAUAAUUUGGUUGUUACUUAAAAUUAAAUAAAAUAAAAAAGGUG